AUGCAUAAGUUCACGGUAGUCAUUGUCAUCGCCCUUACCGUUUUUUCGAUCGUCGAGAUCUCUUCUACUCACCAAGAAUCGGAUAAACCGCAUGAAAAUGAGGAAGACGACGAUUUUUCUUCAUUUAGUGUUAAAGAAGAGGUAGAACCUGAUGCUCAAGAGGAAUUGGAGAUCAGAGAUGGAGAUGCUGGUCCAUUGAAAGGACAUUCGUACACCUUGCCGAUUGAUAUGCCGCCAAUAAACUUUGCCUUCUGGUAAGUAGUAUUGUGUUAUUUAUUAUCCGAUUUUAGUGUUUCAUGUGGCUACCGAAAUGCGUUUGAGCAAUACUCUCAGCUUUUGAAAGAAAAAUAUCCUGGAGUUCAGAUCGAAGGAGGAAACUAUCCGCCGAGUUAUCCAAAGGCUCUUGGAGCUCAGGUAGGAUCAUCUAUUUCGAAAUAUUUGUUUUCCAGUUCCGCCUUUAUUGUAAUUGCGGGGUUCUUGCAGAUUAUCGGUCUUGGAAAGAUUGUGGUGAUUGUCUGCAUUAUUUUGGGCAAGGAUCCGUUUCCAGCGUUAGGAAUGCAGACUCCCGGAUUCUUCAAUUGGAUGCUCGGAAAUAAACUUUCUGCGUGUAUGAUGCUUUUCAUCUUCUCAAACAGUAUUGAGAACAUGCUGAUGUCUACGGGAGCCUUCGAGAUCUAUGUUGGAAAGGAAUUAGUUUGGUCGAAACUGGAAAGCGGAAGAGUUCCAUCUCCUGCUGAGCUAGUCCAAAGCAUAAAUGGGUACAUCUCCAUGCACGGCGGGAAGGCGGUUAAUCAAGAAUUCGGAUUUCAGGAAAAUUGA